UGUGCCGGCCCUACCUAUCACCCAUCUUUUUGAGAAGUUAGUGGGGCUAGAUUAAACAAACAAACAAGAAAAGCACAGAAAAAAAUAAAAUGUAUUUUUUACUUUUUCCACUCUCGCCUAGGGUGCCUUGCCUUUUGACCAUGACAACCUGCGGCAGCUACUGGAGAAAGUAAAGAGUGGAGUUUUCCACAUGCCUCACUUCAUACCUCCUGACUGCCAAGCAUUGCUGAAAGGAAUGAUAGAAGUCAAUUCUGACAAAAGGCUUACGCUAGAAGCAAUACAAAAACACUCCUGGUAUUUGGGCGGUCGUAAUGAGCCUUGCCCAGAGCAGCCUCCUCCUCGUCGUGUGUGUGUAAAGAGGAUCCUGUCCUUAUCAGACCUUGAUCCAGAUGUCCUAGAAAGCAUGUACUCUUUAGGGUGCUUCAGAGAUCGGGUUAAACUCACACAGGACCUUACAAGUGAAGAAGAUAAUCAGGAAAAAAUGAUCUACUACCUCCUGUUGGACAGGAAGGAGCGAUACCCCAGCUGUGAAGAUGAGGACCUACCACCCAGAAAUGACCAUGACCCACCCAGGAAACGUGUGGAUUCUCCUAUGUUGACACGGCACGGCCGUUGCCGUCCAGAGAGGAAGAGCUUGGAGGUCCUCAGUGUCACAGAUCAAGGGUCCCCCACUCCACCUCGCAGGGCUUUAGACAGUAAUGCACACAGCCAAAGGUCUCGCUCAGUCAGUGGAGCGUCGACAGGUCUGUCCUCCAGUCCUCUCAGCAGUCCUAGGAGUCCAGUCUUCACUUUCAACCAAUCAGAGGUCACCUCCACAUCCACCUCUAAAGACUCCAAGCCAGGAAGUGCCAYGACCCCCCGGCCCGGCCGGCCAAUGCCCGACCCAAAAACCCAGACCUUGCCCUCCAAGGGCCCUGCCGACCGGCCCCAGCUCCACUCGAUGAAGUCCCUCCCACUCCAGGGGCCACGCUCUCCUUCCCCCUCACCGUCUCCCGUUCUGUCUCCCACCCCACGCUUUUUCAACUUCCCCUCUCCGUCCGUCUUCAGGUCCAAGAACGUCCACUCCUCCUCUAACGCCUCUGCCACCCUCCCUCCUGUGUCACAGGUCACACCGCAGGGCUCGCCGUUGCCUACCCCGCUCAGCACACCUGUGCAUCAAAUCCACCACCCUUCCUCCACCACCCCACCCUCCUCCUCCUCUUCGUCGUCUUCUUCCAGAGCGGAUGGAGGCGGCGGGGCUUCACUGUCGCURACCCCGCCCUCUAGCCCAGGUGGGAGUGGUGGUUUGGCUGCUUCGAGCUCCACCCACUGGAGGACGAGACUUAACUCGUUCAAAAAUAACCUGCUGGGCUCCCCACGUUUUCAUCGGCGCAAGCUACAAGUACCUACAUCAGAAGACAUGUCCAGUCUGACUCCAGAGUCCAGUCCAGAACUGGCCAAGAAGUCGUGGUUUGGUAACUUCAUCAGCCUGGAGAAGGAGGAGCAGAUCUUUGUGCUGAUCAGAGACAAGCCCCUCAGCUCAAUCAAGGCUGACAUUGUCCACGCCUUCCUCUCUAUCCCGUCCCUCAGCCACAGUGUGGUGUCUCAGAACUGUUUCCGGGCAGAAUACAAAACCUCGGGGGGCCCCUCGGUCUUCCAGAAACCUGUCAAGUUCCAAGUGGAUAUUGCUUUUUCUGAAGGAGAGAGGGAACGAGAGAGGGAACAAGGAGAAAAAGAAGGACGGAGAGAGAUGGGCAUCUAUAGCGUCACUUUCACUUUACUAACAGGUCCUAGCCGCAGAUUCAAACGAGUUGUAGAAACCAUUCAAGCUCAACUCCUCAGCACCCACGAUCAGCCUUCGGUGCAAGCACUGGCAGAUGAGAAGAAUGGUCAGCUUUCCCACCAACCAAGUGGUCCUUCGCGUCAGAACUCUCGGCAUUCUGAGAGCGAAUCAAAUCGAGGAGAAAGGGAGCAUGUAGUCGAUGGGGUGAGCCUGAGCAGCAUCAGCAACAGCGAGGCCGUUUUGCAACGACGAGAGUCGGGGAAAGAUAAGACCAGACUCCUUUCAUCUCCCAAUGGGACACAGUCUCAUCCAUGAAAAGAAAAGAAUGUCAAGAGAAGCAAGAGUUGUCUGCUGAGCGUCUCUCUCUCUUCCUCCACUCAGUCCUUUCUGCAUACUCUCUUUUACCACUUCCUUAUUUCCUUCCAUGCAUACUAACUUUUGYUCCAAACAAUGGGAAGAGGACGCCCCAGAAUUCUCUGCCUUCAGUAGAAAUGUAUUAUUUUGGAGACAAACAAUUCUGAUUUUCAGUCAGACCUCCAGGGCAGAGUGAUGGUGUCCAACAAAUUCCACUUUUACUACAGAAGGACAAGAAAAGCUCAAACCCUGGGAAACAAGUCGUCCACCAACUGAGACAAAUCAAGAAAGCACAUAAUCUUUCCACCAAGCAAUCACAAACAAYUUUUUGCUUCAAACUUAGAAAAAAAAAAGAUCUGACUCGGUCAACAACACCAAGACAAAGUUGGCACAUCAAAGCAUUCUUAUUCAUCACCUCCUGGUCAUUCAGUGUCAUUACCUGUUCAAUACCUGCAUUGUCAAGUCUCCCAAGCAUCUACAGACGAGUCGUGGCUUUCAUCUUGUCCAUACACUCUUUAAGUGAAGACAAAGGUGUUUUCUCAAGCAGAGGAAUAACAUAAGGGUAAAUAGGACAAAGGUUAUGUGAGUCUUGUUGUUUUAAAGCUGAUUGUGUCUAUUAAUAAUUAGUGAGCCRAUUGAGUGAUGAGCUAAUACAAUCACAGUUAGGAAGAAUCUGAUAAUGACUGCAGCGUAGAGGAAUAAAAAAAAAACCCGAUGGAAAAUGGAUCUGUGGGGCUGUGAAAUAUAGCUGUACAUCAAAGUAAAUCUGUCAACAACAAAAAAAAGAUACGACUUUUCCUCAAAUGUAUGAAGCCCUGCAGUUAUGUCAGAUUUACAAUAUUAAAGCUAUGAUACCACAUUGCCUUUACUGGAGGAGAAAUAAGUGGAWAACUGCUUGGAUUCAGCCACUUUUUAAGAAACAAGUCACACCACAAGGGCCAACUCUGAGAAGUCURAAUGUCUGCUGUACGUAGAGGAACAAAUACAAAACAGAGGAUGGGWUGCACUAUUUCUUAAAACAAAACGAGUGAGACGAUCAAGAAGCCAAUAGGUUUUUUUUAGGCAUAUUUAGAAAUGAAAAUGAGUUUUAUUUUAACUUUUCUUAUUAUCUGUAUUUUACAAUAUUCAUAUGCCAUACAUAGUACAGAAUGCCUUGUUGCACACUGCAGUUUGUUCUGCUCUACAUUUUGGUUGUGAAGCUUUACAUUCCAAGGUGGACUCUCAGAAAGAGGAAAUAAUUCCAUGCUAAAUAAAAGUAGAUGAUCUUUGGUUUUGACAAUUARAAUGACACAACGGGUGCUUUCGAACCAGUUWUUAAGACUUGUGCRUAUAGGGGUGUGUGUGUUUUGCAGCACUAAGGGAGCACUGUGAUUGUGCAACACUCAACCAAUGGUCAGUGCAGUUAUGUCACUUAGGCACAUAACAUUCACCAACAAGACUCGUCCCUCAUAGCAGACAGAUGUGGGCCAGACCUGGUGUCAAGCCAGCUCUUCUGGCUGACUGCUGGCAUGAGAUGACCAGAUUUCCGAAAUUACAUCAGUACAUUUCCUGCUUUUUUAUUUGUUUAUAAAGAUGAAAUAAAGAAACUGGGACAGC